ACGAUGAUGAAUUUGAAGAGAAAGAGUUAGAAGAUUGGAUUUAUAGAUUUUUGGAGGUAGAAGAACAAAAUGAAAGUUCUGAAGAAGAUGAUGAGGAUAAAGGGUACGAAAACCUCAAUCUGAAUAAUCUAGGAGAAGGAGAAGCCUGGUGGAAUUUGAAUAGCGACAACGAUUAUUUACUGGAGAAUGAUCAUGAUUGGAAUCAAGAAGAAGAGUACCAUUAUGAAGCAGAAUCGUUAAAUAAUGAAUGGAAUGAAGAAUCGCGUGCCGAUGAAUCCCCAGAAGUAACUCUGCCAGAUCUGGCCAUAAAGGAAUACGAAGAAAUUGCUGAUCUCUUUGACUUUUAUUUUGACAAAGAAGAGAAUCCGGUCGCGAUGUAUAAUGUCGAGACUCUUCCUAAAGAGCAAGAAGAGAAAAUAGAAGUGAUCUUGGAUAAAAAUCCAGAUCUCUUCCUAAGAGUAUCUUUGAGCUUGGCCGAACUAAUAGGUGUCACCACCGAAUAA